GAAAAGAAACAAAGCACAUGUACAACACGCGUUGGACGCACUAUGCGUUCGUACUGAGUUCGUUACUAUCGUGUUUUCCUCAUACUACAAACCUGCCGGCCGAACUAAACAAGCGCGAAUGUCUGCAGUGUUAUUGGUCCUUGUGCAUACUCUUUGAAUUGGCUCUCCAGCAAGUAAAUAAUCUCAAACUCAAAAAGUCUGCCAACAGCUGCCUGUGUACCUGACAAUCACAUCAAUUAGCACGUUCCCUGAUGAUGGACCAAGUAUCAGGAUCGAGGAUGGCCGACAUGCCACAGCGCGAUGACGCGAGCUCAUUGACCCAAAGUUCGCAGUUCCGAUUCACUACAGCAGAGCUCAAAGACUCUCUAAAACCCUCAGUCUCACAGCCAACUCCUUCUCCAGUAAGAGGAAACGCCGCCAGGCGCAGACUGCGUUCCUCUGGAACAUCAUCGCUAUCCCAGAGUCGAAGCUAUUCCGCGGGAUCUCAGGGCAGCAGGCAGGCAUCACAGAAGAAUGUAUGGAUAGCGCCUCAGGAGGAGUCGACGCCUAUACCCAAGAUGAAGAAUAAGUCUGCUGGUGAAAACCCGUACAGACCUCAGCACCAGCAGCAGUCAGCACCCCAAUGGCUAACAGAGCUAAGCUCUAGUAACGCAGAUGAUGAUGAUGAUGUCGAGGUUGAGGUGGACGGCAAGCGCGUAAGGAGAUCGAACAGUGGAGGCAGUAAAGACGAUACAGGCAGUGAAAGAAGCGAUAGCGAUCGUGCAACCGAUCGGGAUCCGAUCUUUAGCGACCGUCUCAACGCGUAUAUUGCAUCGUACGAGGAGGACGAUUAUCAUGCCGAACCCGUUGGCUAUUUUGUUCAGCGACAGGAGCGGCCAUCUAUACAACGAUCAACAACACAGUCGACCUCUCUUUCACAAAUACAGCCUGGACAGCGAUUACCUUCUCAUUCGCCAUCUUUAGAAGUUGAGCAGGGCUCUAUCGUAGAUUGGACCGAUGAUUUGUUCGAGGAACAAGGCCGGAGCAUGGACGCCGAUGAGGAGCUUGGAGAUGCUUUGGAAAGCGUACUUCCGCUGAUUCAGGAUACGAAGCCCUCAGAGGGCUCUGAUCUUCUUUCUUCGCGGGGUCCGGAACGUGAGCCUUCAAAGAUUUGGAAGAUCAGUUCAUCUUGUAGUAGCUCAAAGGUGGAGCUGCAACAGGACCAGGAACGUAUACAAUUGCAGGACAGUCGCAUUGUUACCUCAACAAGGAUCGCCACCAAUGUAUCCAAAGACAAGCUGGAGUUCAAAGUCCAACGCAGGGAGGAUAAGACCCAAUCAGGAACACCACCACGCACAGGACCCGAUGCUUACUCGAGACAAACUAACCCAUGGCGGACACAGUUCCUUAGCUUCACACACAACUCGUCACCCAGGGAAGGCGCCAGGGCAAAGGGACAACAAUCCAAGGCGCUACCGCAUCAAGCCGUGAUCCAAUCGAGCCAAGGAUCAUCGCCUGGAAUGAAGGAUUUCUUACAAGAUAAACGUCGGUCCUCGCUGGAAGCCGUCAUGAUCCCUCCAGUCGCCAAAGAACCAGAACCGGUCAAGCUCAAGCCAAAUACCAAAGCGACCGGUGUGACGAAGCCCAGAGCAUUGAUCGAGGUCCUGCAAUACGUGGAGAUCCCUCGUUUCACGCGUCGGCGUAAAUUAGUCAAGUCGAAAGUGAUGACAGAGGCGCAUCAAGAAUCUCAGGAAGAGAAAAUGCGACCGUCCGGUGCGAAGCGGCCACGGAUAACGAAGGCUUCGGACGAGGGAUGGAAGCCGGAAAUGAACCUGGAUACACCACAGGAGACAAAGAUAUACCGCGAGGAUGUACAGGAGGCGAGGGUGGACAAUGACGAGUGGCGGGAGGAUGCCGCUGCGGAAAUGGACGCCAGCGAUCAUGAACAAGGGCAGGACCAGGAGCAGGACCAGGAUGUGAUAGAUUCUGAUGCCAGUGACGAUGAGCAGAUGUCUUUUUCGAAUAGACGGAGGAAGAGCGCGUUAUCGAUAGCGUUGGAAUCCCCGGAUUCUCGAACUGCGUCUCACGAUGAUGGUCUGCCUGAUAUAUCAGAUGCAGCUCCUAUCGUUGCGCGUCCAAUUCCGAGCAUUAGUAGCAGGCCUAUAUUUGUUGUGCAGGGCAAGGGUCGUAAUCGGGUGGUAUCAAGAGAGCCGCGCGACUAUAGCUCUGGGCGGCAAUUAGGGUCGAUAGCCGAGGACAAGGCCAUCUCCACGGAAGAUGACGGUGCAAGUAAUGAUGACCCAUGGGAUGUGAAGCGGAUCAGGUCCAUAUGGAAAGCCCAUGGGUUCCGAUGGCCGUUUUGGACAGGGGACGAAGGGUCUUUCGAGCCAGAGCCGUAUUCGUCCAAAUUCCUGUUCGGCACCGCACUUCCUUUACCCAAACAGAGACAGAACUAAUUGUAAUGGCCGUUCUUUCUCUCCCUCUCUCUGUCUCUGUCUCCAUCCCUCUAUCUCUUUUUUUUUUAUUUUUUUAUUUUUAAUGCAUAC